GAUUGAUUUUGCGGUGUGCACACAGCGUGUGCAGCAGCCACCGUGCAGUGCGGGACGCAGAAGCCAGCCGCUCUCCGAGGUGCUGAAAGUCAGCGCGCUCCCUCCCUCUCCUCCUCCUCUUCCUCUUCCUCCUCCUCUUCCCCCCUCCUGCUCCUGCUCCUCACCAAACGAUGAUGAACCGGCUUCAAUCCCUUUCAGUUGAAUUUUUCAUCCUCGCCACCUUCGUGGAUUUCUGCCGUCCACACCGCCGCUGGAUCUAACAGAUGCGCCGCUUUUCCAAAUCCACACUUGCAUUACUGGGAAAUACUGAAAUGACUCCGGAUUCUCCAAAGGAUUUCCUACACCUUUUCCCCACAUUUGGAGGCGCACUGGAAUUUUUUUGAAAAAAUAAAAAAUGAAGCAGACACACUACUUUUACGCGGAUGCCACUUCGUUUGCGCAGGAAAAGAGACUCGAUCUCUCCAAGCGGCGGCUUCUAAAGAUCACCCUCACGAACCACUAGGGAGGAUUGUGGUACGUUUUCUGCAGCCUCGUAAAUUUUACCCCCCUGCACGCUGGAUAAAGUGAAGUUUCCGACGACUCUUUUUCCUUAUCUGCCGCACGCGUGGGGCUUUGUGGCCACCGAGCAGCGGCAGGUUCACCGCGGUUUUCCUCAAAUGGUGAUGACGAUGAUGCUCAGGACGGAUCCAGAGAGGACAUCCAGGGCCUAGGGAGAUGACGUCCACGCAACAGUCUCGUUGAAUGUGGAUAAGGAUGGGCCCUCUCUUUCCGGCCACCCUCGUCCUUCUCUUGUCCCUGGGUUCCAUGUCUCCGGCCUCAGUGGCUAAUCCCGAGGACUACCCCGGGGAUGAGGCAGAGCGGACUGCGGGGGAAAACAUCUUCGAUGACUAUCGAGGGAAAGGAUGUGUCGACGACAGUGGCUUUGUCUACAAACUAGGGGAGCGCUUCUACCCGGGACACUCGAACUGUCCGUGCGUGUGCACUGAGGACGGGCCUGUAUGCGACCAGCCCGAGUGCCCCAAGUUGCACCCCAAGUGCACUAAAGUGGAACACAAUGGAUGCUGCCCGGAAUGCAAGGAGGUUAAAAACUUUUGCGAGUAUCGAGGAAAAACAUAUAAAAUCCUGGAGGAAUUCAAGCCGUCACCCUGUGAAUGGUGCCGCUGCGAACCAAAUAAUGAGGUGCACUGUGUAGUGUCCGACUGCGCUGUCCCAGAGUGUGUCAACCCUGUGUAUGAGCCGGAGCAGUGCUGCCCCAUCUGUAAAAAUGGUCCGAACUGCUUUGCUGGAACAACGAUCAUCCCAGCUGGAAUUGAAGUGAAGGUGGACGACUGCACCAUCUGCCGCUGCCACAACGGAGACUGGUGGAAGCCGGCACAGUGUUUGCGACGGGAGUGCCUCAACGGACAGUCGCUGUCAUAAAGAGACUCCACUGGGGACAGUGGCGAAGCUCAGGCUAGGCCCUGCCUACUGCACCAUUUUAUAUGAUUGACGGGGCACAAUUCUGAACGCAACUGGAGAGGGUGCGAGCAUCACAGAAAAGAAAAAGAAAAGAAAAAAAAUUACAAAUUUAUCCUCGGAGAAGAUGGAACUCGAGUCUGUUUUCCACUCACCAGUUUUAAUCAUACCCUAUACUUUCAGAAUUUGACUUGCUGCCGUCUCACACACAAAAACUUUCUAAACUCCUUGAACUCUUUCGUAACCAUUGGCACUGUUGAACUGCUCUGUUGAUUUCUGUGUAUAUGUAAAUCAUCAACUGCUUGUCCUCAUCUGUCACAUUUAUGCUGGUGUUCUAAAAAAUUCCAACAGCGGGAAAACAAACGGUAAGCACACUUAUGAUUCAGUUCAUUUUUUUUCCUGUAUGGAUUGAGUAGAGGGUAAGCUCUGGAAAAACUGUGCUUGAAUUCCACAUGAUCCUAAAAGCUUGUUUACAAGGUGCACAUAGCUCAUACUCACUUAUCUUUGUAA